AAGAUUGAAAACAAGUGAUUCAAGCAAUAAAAGCUGGAAAAUUAUAGUGCGAUAGUGCAUCACAGUGAGGAAAGUCAGAUAAUAUAAUGCCAUUGAAAAGGAAGGAGAUAAGGAGAGGACCGAGAGGGGGACCCAGCAGGAAGCGAUACAAGCGAUGCAGUCAGAAGAAGAAGAAGAAGAAGAGGUGAACGGUGUGUGUGCCGCGGAGGGCCUGCUGCUGCUGCUGCUGCUGCUGUGUUCAAUGCCGGGGAAUGCCUCAGGACCACUUGAUACAGACGAGGCGUCCAUGUCCCUGAGGCUGGCUGUUUGAGGUGUCGGCAUGGAGCGGCUCAGGCAGCAGGUGGAGGCCCUGGAGGUGCAGGAGCAAAAGCAGCUGCUGGUUGAGCUUGUGGCAGGAAGCCCACCGGAGGUACAGCUCAACCUCCUGCUGCCGACUGUCACUGCCGCAGCAAGCUAUGUAAAGUGGCAUUUAGUAACAAACCUGCAGGGACAAGACACUCCUGAUCUGCUAAUCCUGCUGCCUCCAGAGCUUCAACUCGCUGUCCUGUCAUUUUUAGAUGGCCCAAGUCUGUUGCGUGCCUCCCAAGUGUCCAGAACAUGGAAUAGUAUCAUAAAAAAUCAUGAUGAGCUGUGGGUAAAACAGUGCUGCAGACUAGGGGUGAACAUGAGCAAGGUUCCUGGAUGGAUUGAGUGGCACAAGGUGUACAUAACAUCCUUGCGGCAGCAGGCGUCACUAAGGAAUGGAACAGCUUUCACUGAACGAUUUAUGCAACUCCAAAAUUGCAAGAAAGCAGUCAAAGCAGUAGAUUACCAAGAUGGAUUUCUUUGUACUGUAUCAGAAGAGGAUUACAUAAAUAUCUGGCAGCUGGACCUUAAUAUUCCAGUGUUGACCUUUCCUGUUGAGCGUGCAGUGUCUUGUAUCAAGUUCCGGCCCAACUCCCUACUCCUGUGUGGUCACUUUGUCGGUAUCCUGACCUCCUGGGAUCUGUGUGGCAUGAGACAGUCCCGGUAUACAGUCUGGGAGCAUUCCGGUAACAGAAAUCAAGACUACUUGAAAAACAAGUUCAAGAUGCAUGCUGGUCCAGUGUUCAGUUGUGACUUUUCAGAAGAACUAGACCUCUUAAUCAGUGGAGGUGCAGAUGAGUGCCUCAAAUUAUGGUCCCUAUCGUCAGGGCUUCAAGUCAAGUCCUUGUCCAACCAGGAUCACUGGGUCUUGAAAGUCAUACUUAAACCUGACUUGUCCUUUACCUCCAACCAUGAAAUUGUGUACAUGACCAGAGAAAAUGUGAAGAAAAUUUCAUGGCCAUCUGCAACAAAGUGUGAUUCAGAGUAUGAUGUGGGAGAAAGUGUUGACAGCUCCACUGACUCAGUGAAACGAUAUGGCAUGAUUGAAAAGAUAUCUGCUAAUUUUAAGAUUAGUCUUAAUGAAGGCCACUGUAACUUUUUCACUCCUGGUUUACAGUUUAGUAGCAAAUAUAUUGGAUUAAUAAAACAAGAUGUGGAAGAAAAACAUGCAAAUUUGUGUGUAUUUGAUAUUGAGACAUUUAAAUUGAAACACAAUAUAUCAUUGAACAUUAAAGUGAAAAAAUUACUUGCUCUUGGAAACAGAUAUGCUUUGUUGCUCACUAUCGGCAGUGUCCUCUACUCCUCCACGCUGGUCAUCAUUGAUUUAUUCACCCAAAAAAUCAUUGGAACUCGUUCCAUACCGCAUUCCAAAAUGACCACCCCAGAUGGUGCCCAGUUAGUGGUUGGGGAUGUUGAGUGGCUGGAUGGCCUGGGAGUCCACUUACCUGGACCACCUACUUCACCACCUACUGCCCAUGUUGAGAUUUCAAAUUGUGAUGAGAGUGCAGCAGUCAGUGCUGGAAAAACUCAGAAGCUUGCCAGUCAUGGCAGUGAGACAGAGGUUAGUGAGACCUGUAUGAAUACAAGUUUACAGUGUCACGACAAAACAAAUUUAUCACAGAAUUUGAUGUCAUGUACUGAAAGAAAACAUGAAUCAAAGGAAUUUUGUAACCAACGUAUUGAUAAUGGUGAAAUUGAAGUGGACCAGAUGUGUAUUGAUGCUCCUUGUGUAUACAGUGAUAAACAAACUACCUCUAGUGCAGCCAUGCAGUGUGAGUGUGCUAGUGAUCAGUGUAAGUGUCUUGUGAUGGAUCGAUCCUCAAUGUGUAUUUCCCAACAGCAGGAGCAUCCAAGCUUUCUUGUGCUGGCUGCUGGGAUAUUGAAUGAACCUGGUCGUCUGUUUACUCUGUGGUGGGCUUUAUCAAGGCACACACAUAAAUGCAAGAAGGAGUAGAAAGAACCACAGAUGCUUUGUUGAGUUUAAGGAAUUUUAUAAUAGGUAGUAAAGCUACCUGGGGAAACCUGGGGAAGGUAAACUGUGCUAACCCAAAUGUUACACUGGUCCUGCAUCCCAAGGUAAUGGGUUCUUAUCCACCAGAGGCUCAAGGGCCAAUGCGACAGAGAUGAGCACCAAGGCCACGUGCAGUCAUAGCGUAUGCUCCCAGUGUUAUCUUUACCUACUAACACUGUAAAAAGAGGUUAAUGUGUUAUCUAGAACUUGAAAAGAAUUACACUAAUUAAUGGAUAUUCUCUGUUAAGGUCAGGAAGCGAUUUUCAUUCAAAAGUAAGCUCUUGCAGAGUAUGACAGAAAUUAAAAAAUAUUAAUCUCAAGAUUAAGACAUAUUGAUUACCAGUAAUUUUCUGGAUAUCUAGCCAUACAUGAAUAUCCAUUUUCCAGUCAUAUGAAUGAAAAUAAGCAUCAUUUGUUCCUUUUCCUGCAGACAGGAUGAGAAGUGAAAAAUGAGUUUUGUUAAAUUGAAAAUGAAGCCACAACAAAGCAUUUUUCCUAUUGCUAUAAUUAUUCACAUUUGGUGAAUUCUAAUUUGGCAAGCUUUUUUCAGCACCAGUUAGUUGCCAAAUGCAAGACUACUGUACUGUUUGUAAAUGAGUACCAUGUUUUUUGGCAUUGAAGACAUACUUUUUUUUAUCCAAAUAAGGUUAAAAAUUUGGCAUAUGUCUUGGACACUGAAUGUUGCAUUACCUGUAGGCAUAACUUAGGCCUAUAGGAAGGGUACAGAUCAUAUAAGAUGUUGUUGAGACCCUACUCACCCUGGCAGUGUCCUGUGAUGACAAGGAAACACUUAUAGCAGCUAUUGUUAUGGUUUUGGUGUUGGUCUUGUAAUGAGAAUCACCAACUCCCGCCAAAUCAUGUUCGUGGGGUAAUAAAAAGAAUUUGUAGUAAAACCGAUAAUCCAUACAGUAUUGUAAUGGUAGGUAGUGUGAGGUUUUACCACAUGCUUCCUCUACCAAGUCUUGAUCUUGAUUAUAAGCUGAGUGCUGCUAGUCAAUGCGAAAAUUCGUCAGUGGUUAACAAGCCUCCAGAGUGAGCAAAAAGUCACCUUCCAAAUGUUGCUGCUGUUACGGUAUGGUAUACAUGUGUAUUGUAUGGUUUAUAUAUUACAAUAUGGUGCUGGUCCAGUAGUAUAUGGUAGACAUGUACUGCAAGUCAUGAAUCAACCAACAAAACAUAUUAGUGAAAUUGGUGAAGGUCAGGAUAGUAUGUUUAUUUAUUCAUAUUUUUAAGAUAUAGCACUUGAAAAUGGGGGGUGUCUUCAGUGUCAAUGAAUAUUGUAAGGUUUACAAUAAUGUUGAAAAUUUUGACAGUUUUGCCUUGUCAUUAAAGUGUACAGCAGUCUUGGCACAUCAUAUUCUUCCCUGGAUAUUAUUAGUCACACUCACUCAAGCAGAAAAAAGAGGUUUUAUUGUAUGGCAACAUUUUACAGUGUUAUCAUAAAAGCCUAUUAUAGCUAAUAGUCACCAGUUACAUCAUCGACCAUAGGGUUUGAAUACAGAAAUCCUAUUUGCUUCAGUCACUUUGUUCCCUGAGAAAGCUGACCAUACACCUGCCAGACACUGUGAAGGGGUCAGGGGGAGGCGCUUUGUGGUGAAUAUUAGCUCAGAAACAAAUAUCCAAUAAUGAGCUCUAAAAAGUACCAUAUCUUCCCCAUCUUUUGUAAUAGUUGGGCACCCAUACAAGAAGUUUUCUUCAGUCAAACAAUUAAUAUAAAUCAUUACUUUUGACUGUACCCCCUGUAAUAGAUCUCCAUUUUCUAUGUUUUUUUAUAUACUAAAUUUGUAACUUCUCCCAAUUUUUAUAUAUUAUUUUAUUAAAAUACUAUAUUGUCUAAUCUUGGCUUUAUGCCUGACGUAGCAGGAUACUGCAUGGAUUUUGCCUCCCACCAGAAAAUGUCCAUAUCUUGAAUACAAAGUUAUUGUUACUUGAGAGUGUAAUAAUUUUGCAGCAUAUUGAAUUACCAAAGAUGGCUGCAUAAAGGGGAAUGAUGAGUGAAAUUUCAUAUGCACAGUUUUGUUUUGCAAAUAAAAAUAUUUUAAUUUUUC